AUGCUGAGGAAGUGGCUGCUUGUGUGCUUCCUCUCAUCUGGGAAGCUCCACGGAGAAGCCUCGGGUUCAGCAGUGAGGGAUGGGGUCAUUGCUUUAAAAGAGGACAGUCACUCCUUUUUCUGCGUGGAAGGAGGGAACAAGGAGCUCUGGUCCUCCGGGCAUCACCUCAAAUCCUGUAGGGAGGUGGCUUUUUCACAUGACAGAGAGAAACUCUUCAGCAUAUCUAAGGACAAAUCUGUCCACAUUAUGGACGUGGAGGGAGGAAAGCUAGUCAAAAGGAUACCAAAGGCACACAGUCACUCCUUUUUCUGCGUGGAAGGAGGGAACAAGGAGCUCUGGUCCUCCGGGCAUCACCUCAAAUCCUGUAGGGAGGUGGCUUUUUCACAUGACAGAGAGAAACUCUUCAGCAUAUCUAAGGACAAAUCUGUCCACAUUAUGGACGUGGAGGGAGGAAAGCUAGUCAAAAGGAUACCAAAGGCACACAGUCACUCCUUUUUCUGCGUGGAAGGAGGGAACAAGGAGCUCUGGUCCUCCGGGCAUCACCUCAAAUCCUGUAGGGAGGUGGCUUUUUCACAUGACAGAGAGAAACUCUUCAGCAUAUCUAAGGACAAAUCUGUCCACAUUAUGGACGUGGAGGGAGGAAAGCUAGUCAAAAGGAUACCAAAGGCACACAGUCACUCCUUUUUCUGCGUGGAAGGAGGGAACAAGGAGCUCUGGUCCUCCGGGCAUCACCUCAAAUCCUGUAGGGAGGUGGCUUUUUCACAUGACAGAGAGAAACUCUUCAGCAUAUCUAAGGACAAAUCUGUCCACAUUAUGGACGUGGAGGGAGGAAAGCUAGUCAAAAGGAUACCAAAGGCACACAGUCACUCCUUUUUCUGCGUGGAAGGAGGGAACAAGGAGCUCUGGUCCUCCGGGCAUCACCUCAAAUCCUGUAGGGAGGUGGCUUUUUCACAUGACAGAGAGAAACUCUUCAGCAUAUCUAAGGACAAAUCUGUCCACAUUAUGGACGUGGAGGGAGGAAAGCUAGUCAAAAGGAUACCAAAGGCACACAGUCACUCCUUUUUCUGCGUGGAAGGAGGGAACAAGGAGCUCUGGUCCUCCGGGCAUCACCUCAAAUCCUGUAGGGAGGUGGCUUUUUCACAUGACAGAGAGAAACUCUUCAGCAUAUCUAAGGACAAAUCUGUCCACAUUAUGGACGUGGAGGGAGGAAAGCUAGUCAAAAGGAUACCAAAGGCACACAGUCACUCCUUUUUCUGCGUGGAAGGAGGGAACAAGGAGCUCUGGUCCUCCGGGCAUCACCUCAAAUCCUGUAGGGAGGUGGCUUUUUCACAUGACAGAGAGAAACUCUUCAGCAUAUCUAAGGACAAAUCUGUCCACAUUAUGGACGUGGAGGGAGGAAAGCUAGUCAAAAGGAUACCAAAGGCACACAGUCACUCCUUUUUCUGCGUGGAAGGAGGGAACAAGGAGCUCUGGUCCUCCGGGCAUCACCUCAAAUCCUGUAGGGAGGUGGCUUUUUCACAUGACAGAGAGAAACUCUUCAGCAUAUCUAAGGACAAAUCUGUCCACAUUAUGGACGUGGAGGGAGGAAAGCUAGUCAAAAGGAUACCAAAGGCACACAGGGUCACCGCCUUCGUGGAGUUGAAGCAGCACGAGGAGUACAUCAGUGGCAUGGCCUUCGACCACGACAAGAAGAUCAUCCUUACUACCAGGUAUACUGGGGAAUAUGAAACACAACUGUGCAAACUGGCACGUUACACAAAG